AUGAUCGGCCCAGAAUUAGAAGACUAUAACCAUCCACCUAAAUUAUUACUAGAAAGGCUUGAAUGUUUAGCACUUCGAACAACAUAUGAAACUGAUCUUCCAUUCAGAGUUAAUUACCUACUAUCAUGUAUCCGGCGGGGUGUAGAUCAUCAACCAUUAUGUAACCAGCUAUCUGUUGAACUUGAUUUAAAACAAUUUGAACUUGAAAUUGAAGCUAAUGCUUGGUCUAAGGUUAAUAACAACACUAGUAAGGUUAAACAAUGCUAG